AUGGAUGCCACAUUGCACGAUCUGCUCCCCCGGGCGAGUGACGAUGGCUCUGAGCGCGGUCAGCGAGCGUUGGUGGUAACAGCGGUGUUAACGGGGAUUGCUACUUUAAUUGUGGGAAUGCGCUUAUUCGCCCGACUGGGAUUGAUGAAAAUUACCGGCCGGGAAGACUGGAGUGUUCUCAUUGCUUUGGUCUUUUCAAUCAUAUACCUCGCACUCGUUGCUGCGCAAUACCACUAUAAAAUGGGCACCCAUUCAAGUCUACUAUCCCCGCACAUCCUCCAACAACAACUUAAAUGCCUCUGGGCUGCCAUCCCGAUGUACAACGCCAGUCUGGCCUUCACUAAAUUCUCCAUUCUUUUCCAAUACAUCCGAAUCUUCCCCGCUCGCUCUUUCCGUCUCGCUUGCUACAUCGUCAUGGGCAUUGUCGCGACUUACUCAUCCUGGGCCAUUGUCAGUGGCUACGUGAACUGUGUACCCGUCGCCAAGUUCUGGAACCAUGAUCUACCGGGGAACUGCUUGAGCUUUGAGGCGGUUUGGUUCUUCAAUGCAUCGAUGAAUAUUGCGACGGAUGUGACGCUUCUGGUGCUUCCGAUGCCGUUCCUUGUGAAGCUUCAAUUGCCGCGCAUGCAAAAAAUUGCCCUUAUGGCUGUUUUUGCCAUUGGUAUUCUUGUCGUCAUCACAAGUAUCCUCCGUCUGUCGAGUCUGCGCACCGUCGCCCAAAGCGCCGACACUUCCUACAGCAACGUCGACGCCGCCUACUGGACAGCAGCAGAAUGCAACGUCGCCAUCAUCUGCGCCUGCCUCCCUUUCCUCCGUCCCAUCAUCAGCCGCUGCUUCCCGAAGCUCCUCUCCACGAACAGCUACAACCGCUACACCUCCAACACCCGCACCAACACCCGAAACAUCACCGCCGGCCGCUCACAGCGUCAACACACCGAGCUCUUCAGCCAGAAUGUAGACAAGGAUUUCGAUAUGUAUUCGAUUAAUGUCAAGCCUGGUAAUCACUCGAGUCAUAGCUCGCUUGGUGGUAUCGAGGUUACCACUGAGAUGAGCGUUAUGCAGCAGAGCAAGGUUGAUGAGACUGUUAGUGAGCGUCGGUUGGUCAUGGAUCAUUCAUGA